GGCGGGGAGGAAGCACGUACGUUGCGUCGGCGAAGACGGAGCUAAAGGGAAGUCCCGGCAUGCCCCGGGGAAGGCGAGUAGGCCAACGACGAUGGAGGCUGGUGCGGCGCCCGCCGUGCUGCGGGUGAGGCGGAAGCGCGGCGCGGAUCCCGCGGAGGCGCUCGUCCUAGCUUGUAAACGACCACGGAGCGGGGCCCCCGAGGAGGAGGCGGCGGUGGCCGCGAGGCCGGGGCCCGUGGAGGAGAAUGUCUUCAAGCUGGCGGCGACCGUGAGUUCCCAGGAUGAACCUGUUCAGAAGUAUGUCAGAGAAGCCAUCACCAGAGAGAGAGCCACCAGAGCCCUGAUUCCUUCACUGGAAAGCCAGCAGAGAAUCCGUCAGGAUCUCCUUGCGACAAAGCAGGUGACCCGGCAGAAUGACCGCUACCACCUGGUAUCCAAACACCGAGCCCCUUGUAUGGAGGGAGAAGCAGCCCUGCCUGCUGUGCAGGAUACCAGCAGGACUGAGCAAGGUGAGCUAGACCCUGAUGGUACCAAACCAAGCUCACAAAGAGAAGGCAACACAACAGAUGUCAGUUCGUCCUCUGCAGGAGAAUUCCAGCUGUUUGACAUCAUUCAUGAGAAAGCUGCUGAGAAAGAGACCCUCUCCAUUCCUGCCACCUGCUCUGAGAAAUCUGAUCCAGAUGUGAUACUUUGUAAUUCAGUGAAGAUGAUCCGUGAGCGGCUAGCCAUCUCCAAGGAUGGAAAAGGAACGGAGCACCGAGAGAAGGAAGAUGAUUAUGUCUAUGAUAUUUACUACAUGGAGACGCCAAAAUGGAUUGAAAACAUCCUGUCUGUGCAGCCCUACAAUCCGGAGUGGGAUCUGGUAGCUGAUGAACAUCAAGCAGAGGAAAUUGAUGAUGAUGAAGAUGAAGAUGAGAACAGUGAGAACCACUGGCGUAAUGAAUACCCUGAUGAGGAAGAAGGAAGCAGUGAUGGAGAGAGCACCAGAGGGUCUGAUGAAGAAUAUGGCAGCUUCAGUGACGGGGAAAGCAGUGUCAUCAGACCAAGAAGAUACAGUAAAUAUCCCUAUGAUGUGCUAAAGGAGUUUGAGUAUGACAGCUCCCAGGACCUAGAUUCAGACUGAGAACUGCUCAAGUAUUCGCCAGUUGCCUAAGGACAAGAAGCCCUUUGGUGGCUUUGGCCCUAGGCCUCAUCCUCUUUGCUGCUGACUCUGCCUCAGAGUGCUGUAACUUACUUGGAACUGGGAAAGGGGAGGAAAAAAUAAGCCUCUGGGGAUAUUUGGCUCAGGUCAAAUCGUGGCCUCCUGGCAAUUUUGUGUUACUAGGGACCGGAAACCCCUAAGAUAAAUCAGAGCUCCUUUGCCUCUAACUGCAGUAUCACACACUGAUAUGGGAAGAAAAUCUUCUUUGACCUGACACUGCCAGAAAAUAUUCUCCCUUCCCUGCCCUUUACUUUGACCCUUAAUCUGAAAGAUGUUCCCCUUCCAUGUAAAGAAUUGACUUGACUUGUUCAGAUCUACAGCAUUCCUAAGAUCGAAUCUUGGUGAGAAAAGUUAACUUUUAAAGCCAGUGAAUAAAGAGAUGUCACUACCAAGUUUCUCAUGACAGGGAUGAUCUUCCCCAACCUCUGUCCUCCCCACUGGAGGUGGCUCCUGAUCCAUGCUGCUGAGUGAGGCAUUUCUUUGUGAGCCUCUGGUGUUAGAGGCACAAACACUACGAAAGGCUGCACUUUAUCAACACAAAGACAAUGCAUGUUCACUAAGGUGGUUUCUAGUUGUAAAAAUCUGCAAGUAUUUAAAAAAAAAAGAAUCCAUGUUCGUCCUUUCUCCCCACUUCCCAUCUGUGGCCUUACUUUGAUCCUUGUUGAGUUGGGAGUCCUUUGGCAGAAAUACCGAGGAAGUUGUAUAGAUGUUUAUAUAUAUGUGAAUUUGAUGCACUGAUUGUAUUAAAAAUUAUUUUCAAACAUGAAAAAAA